AUGGAAGUCCUGGAUCUGCUGCAGAGCAUGGGUCACGCCACCAACAGCUGCCGCCUCAUCUCGCUGGAUGUGGAGGCCAUGUUCCCAUCUAUACCUACCCAGUCGGCCAUCUCUCUCAUUCGAACCAUGCUGAAUGAAAACCAAGACGCCCUCUCUGACGUAACCUGCCUGAGGCCAGAUGCAGUGGCUGACCUUCUCUGCAUCUCCAUCAAGAACUGCCAUGCUGUCGUCCAGGACGGCGACCGAGAGAGAUGGUUCAGGCAGACUGCUGGCCUAGCCAUGGGUAAAAGUUACUCGCCAGUUGUCGCGGACUUGUACAUGGGACACUGGGAACGUGACUUGGAACUACUGGCAGCCAACUGUGGAGGGAGAAUUUAUUCAUUCUGCAGAUAUGCUGAUGACUACCUGGUCCUCUUCGAAGGCAGCAACACCAUCCUCAAUGCAUGGGUGGAGCUGCUCAACAACAAGGACCAGAACAUCAAAGUCACUACUGAGAUCGAAGAAAAUCGACGACUGCCCUACCUAGACAUCAUGAUCACAAGACAGGACAACAAGUUCACUACAAAUGUCUACCGGAAGGCAUGCACCACUAACCAAGUACCGGCCUUCAACUCCUAUACAGAGACGCGCUAUCUGAGAUCAGCCAUCAGAUCUGACUGCUUACGUGCCAUCCGCUACUGCUCCUCCGUCAAAGACCGCCUGCAAGAACUUUAUUUUAUACGCAAGAAAUUCCGCCGACACGGCUACCCUCUCUCGUUCAUCAACCCGAUCCUAAGAAGAACAGAAAAGGACCUCCAGCUGAAGGCCAGGGCUCUGCCGUCGCCACCGAACCCCAGCCCGCUGCCUGCACCCGUCCGGCUCUCGGUUCCGUUCGCUGGUCCCUGCUUCUACCAACUGAAGCGAGAAGCCAACAAGAUCGGCAUUCAGCUCGUGUCGAAGCCGUCGCAGACCAUCGGGACCCUCCUCUGUAGCCAAGCCAAGCACCGUCUACCCAAGCAGCAGGAAAGCAAUGUCAUCUACUGCAUCGAGUGCUCCUGCCGGGUAGAGGGUGACCCGGUCGUCUACAUCGGAGAAACGGACCGAGAACUUGGAACCAGAGUCCGCGAGCACCGAGAGAGCUGGGCUGGCUCGGUCCGCUCCAGAGCCAACGCUUCAGCGUUCAGCACGCACCGGGACUGCACGCCGGCCUUCGACGACGCCAAAAUCCUGAACCGUGCCUGCCACCACCAGAUGAGACUCCUUCUCGAAUCGGCCUACAUUCGUACCGUGGGACGGCGGGAAGCCGUCCUAGUGUCACCCAAUGACGCGAAUGUGAACCGCAACUCUGGUGCCCUGCUGCAAGACAAUUAG